AUGUCCGUCGAAUCGCAAUCGGAACCUGAAGUAAAUCUCUCUGCUCCGCUUGCCCACUUUCACAGGUACUACUGCGACUAUUGUGACGCAUAUCUGACGCACGAUUCGGCGUCCGUGCGGAAAACACACAACCACGGUAGAAAACAUAAAGACAAUGUCCGUAUAUACUACCAAAACUGGGUAGAAAAGACCGGCAUGCCGCCGCCUCCCGGUGGUAUGGCGGUAGGGGCGGGGAUGGGACCUCCCAUGGGCAUGGGACCACCGAUGGGUAUGGGUCCAGGUAUGAUGCCUGGUAUGGGGCAUCCUAUGGGCAUGAAUGGCAUGGGUAUGAUGCACCCAGGCAUGGGACCGCCUAUGGGAAUGGGUCAACCAAUGAUGGGCAUGGGACCGCCCGGCCAAGGACCACCACAGUACAACAGAGGAUCGUACGAUGGGCAAAUGCAACAAAAUCAAUUCUCGCAAGGUCCACCUGGUGCUGGGCCUCCCGGUUUUAUGAUCCGUUAG